AUGAGGAUAAGUAAGGCGACGCUGCUUCAAUUAUUUACCAUCGGCUUAUUUGGCUCGCUGGUCGACGUAAUUGGCUCGCAGGUGAAUAAGGACCGCCACCGACCGUUACGUCAGCGCCAGUUAGUUAGUAGUCCACCGGCUGGUGGUCAACAUGACGGAGAUUUUGGUUACAUUUCCGAUGCAAUGCUACCGGAUGGAGAUGUAAGUGAAGGAGGGUCCCAUCCAGGUGGCGGCGGUGCAUCGAAAUCAGAUUUUUCGACUCCCCCGCCAUCGUCCUCCGGCACGGUGACUAACGUGAAACCACACCUACUCGCCGAGCACGACGAUAGUGACGAUGUGGAGGAGGAUGGCUACGAAGAAGGCGAAGAGUUGCUUGGGAACUUCGAUGACGACAGUCGAGGAGCUGAAGAUCGAGGUACGGUGACUAGUGACCAUAAACACGAUUCUCUCGACUACACCGACACCUUCGAGACCGCAGCAAUUGAUCACAUCGAAAGCUUCGGGGCUGCAACGGACGGUACGCCACUUCCGGUUUUUCUGGUUGAACCCAAAAGUGCAUACGUCUUGAAGAAUCGCCCGGUCAAGCUGUACUGUAAAGCGUCACAUGCACUACAGAUCUCGUUCAAGUGCAGCGGAAGCACCAAACCGCCACCGACUGACGAUGAACACCACACCGACCCUCAUAGCGGUAUCCAGCUGCAGGAAGCGACAGCCACCAUCACCCGGGAGUUGGUCGACGAGUACUUCGGCAACGGCCCAUUCAAAUGCGAAUGCCGGGCGUAUUCAUCCCGUGGCCACGUCAAGACACAGCCAGUUACGAUCCAAGUGGCAACCAUCAAGAAGCAAAUUAACAUUACGCCGAAGACCGUGCGCGUCAGUACGGGUGGUCGAGCCGAGCUGAUUUGCAACGCAAACGCAACUCCGGUGGCCAAAGUAGUCUGGCAGAAGAAUGGUGUUACACUGCACGCCAACCCACCGUACGUCCUGCUCGCAGAAUACUCGCUCCUGAUUGCACGGGUUGAAAUGCAGGACAUGGCCAAUUAUACAUGUAUUGCGGAGAACAUCGCAGGCAAACGUAUUUCGGAACCAGUUCCAAUCACCGUCUUCGUUGAUGGCGGCUGGAGCCCAUGGGGUCCGUGGACCGACUGCAAAUGUCCUGGGCAUCCGAAACAAGGUCAAAAGCGGACGAGAGUGUGCAACAGCCCUGUCCCUCUGAAUAGUGGUGCACCUUGCCCAGGACCGACCACUGAAUCAACUCCCGAUUGUCUACCAUGUUCCGAUGAUGUGCAAAUCGUCAAUCCUGACGGCUAUCGUGUGAAUGCCGGGCGGUGGUCGAGCUGGUCAGAAUGGACCGAGUGUGGUCCGGACUGUACCCAGACUCGUCAGCGAUCGUGCAUUGGAGCCUUUUCGACAUCCGCCACGGUGGCCACCGGAGUCACGGCAGCCACAGCCGCUCUGGUAGCCAACAACUCCGUAUCAGGAGGAGCCUCCGAUCGACAACACGCGUUCGUCAUCGACAGCGGAACCAUAAUCAGCUGCGUUGGCAAGAGCCAUCAGUCCGUCAAAUGUUCCGGAGGGAUGUGCAACUACUCUAUGCAAGUCCCGCCGCAACGCCACAGCCGCCAGGAAGAUAUGAAGGUGUCAGCGGAAUGCAUCCGCGCGGCGCGCUACAUCUAUCCACUGGACAAAGUCAGCAUCAAUGAAUCAUACUCCUCGUCCACCUAUUCGAAGCGCGUCUGCAGCGUGGAGUCGCUCGAAACAUCGACCAACACAUCGGAUUCCGCCUACGAUCAGGCACCGAUAAUGGGCUGCACGGUACCGGCCAUCCGUCCGACGAAACUCGUCGAGGACCCGGGCAGCGCGUUCCGGAGUGUCGAUGUGACACAGGCGACACUGACGCCGGCCGGGGCGCUCCUGAAGCUGCCCACCUACUCGACCGCGCUGCUAAUCCCCGAAGGGGCGAUCCCCAAGAGUCAGCGACACAACGUGGUCCUCUCGAUCGUACGGGACAACAAACACCACAUGCCGUCGAACGCCCGGACCACGUACCUCAGCCCGGUGGUGUUCUGCGGCCCGGUGGACACGAAGGUGAACAAACCGAUCGUGAUGCAAUUUCCACACUGUGCCGAGAACCUCUCGAACUGGGCCUUCUCGCUGUACAGUGCGCCCGACAAUGUGACACCCUGGACGAAGGUGGUCACGAUCGGCAAGGAAACGAUCAACACGCCGGCGUUGGUGCAGAUCGACAAGCGGUACGCGUACAUCCUGACGGAAACGUUCGGCAAGUACGUGCUGGUGGGCGAGUCGGCCACCGACAUUCAGCAGCGCGUGGCGUGUAAGAAACUGCGGCUAUUCAUUUGUGGUCCACCGACGGUGCCCGAGUUUUCCGACGUCAGCGUCAGGAUCUACAUCGUGGAGGACAACCCGGGCGCCGAGGAGCACUGCCGGCACUGUGAGCAGGAGAUCGGCGGAGUGCUGCUCGGCCGGAGCAGCGUGCUGUACUUUGCCGACAUCGGUCGUGAUCUGUCGAUCGAUCUGGGGUGCGUUGGUGGUUGGAAAGCGAAACCACUCAGCGAACGGCAGACGAUCCCGUUCGGGCACGUGUGGAGCAGCGCCGGCACGGCCCUCCACUGUAGCUUUACGCUCUGCCGGACGGAGCACGAUAAGUGUGACUUUAAAAUUGAAGUACGAGCAUCACAGGACCCGCUGGAUUCGGUCUUCGGUGAUCCACUGACCGCUGCGGAAGGAGCGGCCACACUCAGCUUAUCAUCGUUCGUGCCGAUGUCACGCGACGGCAGCAGCUCCUGUCAGCACUCGUCCAGUUCGUUCGAGACGAUGACCAUCUGCAGCGUGGGGUCGGCAUCGGCGCACACGAGCGACCACAACGUCAUCACCAUGGACCGCUUCCGGCUGUCGAAGGACGUGAAGCGAAAGCUGUGCAAGUGUCUCGACCCUCCGACGGAGAAGCGCAACGAUUGGCGCAUGCUGGCGGCUCACCUACACGUCGAUCGGUACCUAACGUACUUCGCGGCGAGGCCUUCGCCCACCGACCAGAUCCUGGACCUGUGGGAAUGCCGCAAUCGGGACCUGCACGACGUCCAGCGGUUAAUCGACAUCUGCCGAAUGAUGGAACGGCCCGAUGCGGUCGCGAUACUGGAGCAAAUCCAGUCCACGCCAUGGCUGUAG